CCCGCGGAAGCUGAGGAGAAGGCCUCCAAAGCUGCCAGCUUCCCCCAGCUGCCCUUGGACUGCCGAGGGGACCCCAGAGACAGGCCCUCUAACGUGCCAAGCUCCCCAGGCCCCUGCCUGGCCAGCCUACGUGCCCCUCUGUCCCCGGGACUCCCUGACUCCAUGGAGUUGGCCAAGAACAAGAGCAAGAAGCGCCGUAAUCGUACGACCUUCAGCACAUUCCAGCUGGAGGAGCUGGAGAAAGUCUUCCAGAAAACCCACUACCCUGAUGUGUAUGCCCGGGAGCAGCUGGCUCUGCGCACGGACCUAACCGAGGCCCGGGUACAGGUCUGGUUUCAGAACCGCAGAGCCAAGUGGCGGAAGCGUGAACGUUAUGGGAAGAUCCAGGAGGGGCGGAACCCCUUCACGUCUGCCUAUGACAUCUCUGUGCUGCCUCGAACCGACAGCCAUCCCCAGCUGCAGAACUCCCUGUGGCCCAGUCCAGGGUCUGGGAGCCCUGGGGGCCCCUGCCUCGUGUCUCCAGAGGGCAUCCCCUCCCCAUGUAUGUCUCCGUACUCCCACUCUCAUGGGAAUGUGGCUGGCUUCAUGGGGGUGCCAGCCUCUCCUGGAGCCCACCCUGGUAUCUACUCCAUCCACAGCUUUUCCCCCGCUCUAGGGGGCCACAGCUUUGAGCCCUCCCCAGAUGACGACUAUAAGUCUCCAAGCCUCAUCUCACUCAGGGUGAAGCCCAAGGAGCCGCCCAGCCUGCUGAACUGGACCACGUGAUCUGUUGCGUGGACACGCAGACUGAGCUGCCCAACCCCAUUUCUGUUCCCAGCUGCUCCCACCCCACCCCGGCCUGGAUGCCAGAGAGGACACACCUCUGCCUCCAAGCCCCAGAUGGUUCCUGGAGGCCCCGGCAGAGCAGCUGGGACCCUCAGGCUUCCGCAGGGAAAAGCUACAGAGUCUUUUCUCUUAGAAUAAGGUGGGGCUGUCCAGGAAAGAGCAGGCUUCAAACGGGUAGGAUUCUUCCUACCAUACAGUGGGUCCCCUCACCCAAACUCUGGGCUGGAGGAGGAAGAUACUGCCCUGCUUCCUUCAGACUUCGCCUGUCAUCCCUCCAGCUGAAACAGCUUAACUGACUCCUCAUUCAGGGAAUGCAGGAAGAUGAGAGGAGGAGGACACAGGUUGAAAUAGGAGCUCCUUGCCACUUAGGGGAAACCAGGGCCUUGUAUGAUCACUAGGGCCGGCUUCACUGGCCCCUCCCACCACAAGGGGGCGUGCACCCAGCGUCAAAGACCUGGAAACGAGGUCCCUGUAAAAGGUGCCCCCUUCUCCCCUGUUCAGCCAUCUCUAUUCCUGUCCUGUGCUCCCUUCAGCAACAUGCUAUGGAGUCCUCUCCCCCUCCAAGGGGCAGAAAUUCCACCAGAAACUACCAAAUACUUGGAUUCUCUUCCAUGAGAGCAAGCCAGAGCUAUGUCAUGGAAACUGUAGGAUCCCUUGGUUUACUAUAUGGAUGUUGGUAAUGGUAAAACAGAUUUCUACAGACUCAGCCCCUGAGAUCCCAACCCCCACUUUUGUAAAGAUACUUUUGUAAAAAAUGUGCUGCCCAGCAUUAUAAUAAAGGUGGCAGUAUUUUUUAUA